AAGCCUGAUGCACAGUGGGAUCCAUACCACAACGAAUGUAAAAAAACUCACCAUGGAAACGUCUAACAUCUACAACGGCCAGAAUGUCUCUCUAAAUGGAAGCACAGAUGUACUUGUCUAUAUCGAUCCUACCAUUAAUAGCAUCACCAACAUCAUUUCCAUCAUUUGCGUCAUUGUCGCAAUGGUAGCACUUGGCUGCAUGAUGGAAAUUUCUAAAAUUAAGACCCAUAUGAAGAAUGUAAAAGCACCAGCCAUCGGAAUAGUGGCCCAGUUCGGCAUCAUGCCCAUGACUGCUUUUUGUUUUGCCAAAAUCCUUCAACUGGAGCCCAUCAAGGCUGUGUGCGUGCUCAUCUGUGGCUGCGCUCCUGGAGGAACCCUAUCCAAUGUUUUUGUUUUGGCCGUGAACGGUGACAUCAAUCUCAGCAUCGUAAUGACCUCUUUCUCCAAUACUGCUGCACUUGGUUUGAUGCCUUUGCUGCUUCUAAUCUACUGCCAAGGCUUCCCCGGCCUGGAAAAAGCUGUGCCCUAUGUUAAAAUCAUCACUGCUCUCAUAUCAACUGUGGUGCCGUGUGCCGUUGGCAUCGCCAUUAACCAUUACAAACCAAGCUUUUCACCAUAUAUCUCUAAGUUUGGGAUCUUUUUCUUGAUGGUUUCCAUUUUGUCACAUUUCAUCCUGACUUUCAUGGGUUUUGGAAAUGUAAUCUGGACAGCUUUUUCAUCUGACAUUAUGAUUAUUGCUACGUUGAUGCCGCUGACUGGCUAUGUUUUGGGAUAUGUCAUAGCCCUCAUAUGCAGACUCGAUCAUAAAUGUGGGAGGACCAUCUCCAUGGAGACGGGGUGCCAAAACAUGCAGCUGAGCAUGGCCAUCCUAAAGGUGGCCUUUCCACCUGAGGUAAUUGGAGUCAUGUACAUCUUCCCUCUGAUUUACACCAUGUUGCAGGUCAGCGAGGCGCUGCUUCUCGCUUUGUGCAUCAGAUGUUAUCAGGCAUUGAAACCAGCAGCUAAGGAAAAGUGUACCAGAGUGUUCAUGAGAAGGCAGAAGUGAUCCAGCAAUAAUCUGGAGCGUCAACAAAGCAAUUUUGGACA